AUGACGAAGGGACACGCGUCGGAUGGUUCCGGUAGCAGCACGCUGGAGUCGAGCUCAUCGCGAGAGAUCGUGCAGCAUGUGGCGAGCUGCAGCGGCGAGGCGUGCGACAAGACGGUGAUCAAGCACGGCGACCACAUCGGCCACGUCGUGGAUGGGAAGCUUCUGUGCAUCACGCACCACGGCGAGGUCGAGGAACACGAGCUCGCGUUCGAGAAGUACCCGGUCUGCAUGCCUGUCAAGGAGACCGACUGCUGGCACGACGGAGACUGCGACUGCGUGCGCGUGAAGCACGGCGACCACUUCGACUACAUCGUGCGAGGGAGGUUGCAGCACGUGAAUCCCGAGAACGAGUGCGACUUCUGCUCAGACGACACGUGCAAGGCGAAAGGCGUGCUGGUGGACCACGGCCCCGUUGCGGUCCUCCGCGCCGGCAAGAGCGACGUCUGCGGCAUCUCCGAGACCUCCAUCACGCAGCCGCUCAUCGGCCGCGGCCAGCACGGCGCCGGCAGCGCGCACGAGGACGAGGACGGGCACGACGAUGACGCAGCCGUCGUCACGACAGAAGUUCUCUGCCGGGGCAUCUGCUGCCCGUCCGAGGAGCCCAUCGCGUACCGGGCCCUGCGCAGGAUCCCGGGCAUCACCAGCGUCAACGUCUCGGUCGUCGCGCAGCUCGUGACGGUGCAGCACCGCGCCUCCACGCAGCCUGGCACGAUCGUGUCGGCCCUCAACAGCGUCGGGCUGCAGGCCACGCUCAAGGGCGACGCCGGCGACGGCAAGGGCGGCGGCAGCUGGCCGCCGUGGAACCUCGCGCUCUCAGUGCCCCUCCUCGCGGUAGCCUACUUUGGUUACAUCCCCUCGGCGUCGUACCUCAAGUGGGUGGCGCUGGCCCCCGUGGUGCUCGCGGGGACCCCGAUCUUCAGGCGCGCCCUGAUCUCGGUGUACAAGCUCAGCCUGGACAUCAACGUGCUCAUGUCGGUCGCCGUCGUCGGCGCGGUCGUCCUGGGGGAGUAUCUCGAGGCGGGCGCGGUGGUCGUGCUGUUCGGGAUGGCGCAGUGGCUCGAGAACAAGGCCCUCGGCGGCGCGCGGCAGGCGCUCGAGCAGGUCCUGACGCUGGCGCCUGAGUCCGCGGUGCUGACGUCAGGGGAGGCGGUGGCACCGGAGCACGUCAGGGUGGGCGACGUGGUGCUGCUGCUCCCGGGCAGCAAGGCGCCCGUCGACGGCGUCGUCGUGUCGGCGUCCUGGAGCAACAUGGACGAGAGCAUGCUCACCGGCGAGUCGCGGCCCGUGCGCAAGGUCGCGGGCGACGCCGUCUCCGCGGGAACGCUCAACCUGGGGCCCGGCGCGCUCGAGGUCGAGGCCAGCGCGGUCGCGCACGACUCGGCCGUCGCGCGGCUCGCGCGGCUCGUCCAGGAGGCGCAGGCGCAGAAGUCGAAGCAGGAGCUCAUGGUGGAACGCUUUGCGCGGUGGUACACGCCGGUGGUGUUCCUGGGCUGCGCGGCGCUCGCGGGCAUCGGCGCGGGGCUGAACCCGCACGUGUGGGAUGAGUGGGUGUACAAGGCGCUCGUCGUGCUCGUCACGGCGUGCCCGUGCGCGCUGGUCAUCUCGACGCCGGUAACCAACGUGUGCGCGCUGACGCAGGCCGCGCGCGAGGGCCUGCUCAUCAAGGGCGGGGAGUUCCUCGAGCGCCUGCACCACCUCGGCACCGUCUCGUUCGACAAGACGGGCACGCUGACCGAGGGCAUCUUCAAGGUCAACCGCUUCCACCCGCAGUGCGCCCUGGCGCAGCGCUCGCUGUCGGUCUGCGCCGUGGCCGUCGGGGACCCGGGCGGCGCGGCGCGGUGCGGCGACGGCGGCGCCGUCGGGGAGCAGGCGUGGGACCAGCUCCUACACACCCCCGGGAGCCCCGGGGGAGUGGGGGAGGCCGGCGCCGAGGACGCCGGCGCGGGGGCGGCGUACAACGACCUCAAGCGGCUGCACAGCCAGCACGGCGGCGGCGCCGAGGCCACGGGCGCGCUCCUGGGCCUCCUGGAGAUCGUUGCGUCCCUCGAGGCCAAGUCGCAACACCCCCUGGGGCCUGCCAUCGUGGCGUACGCGCGCGGGCGCGGCGUCGACGCGCUGGACGACGUCGAGCACUUCGCUGUCGUCGAGGGCCGCGGCGUGCGCGGCGUCGUGAACGGCGUGCGCGUGGCCGUCGGCAACGAGGCCAUGGCGGCCGAUCUUCUCACGCCCGCGUCGGCCGGCGCGCUCGUCGGGAGCAGGGAGCUCGCGCGCGCGUGGGAGCAGCGCGGGAUGGCCGUCGUGUGGGUCGUCGUCGAGGGCGCGCUGCACGGCAUGAUCGGAGUGUCGGAUGCCGUGCGCCCCGGCGCCGCUGCCGCUGUCACGGCCCUGAAGCAGCGCCGCGGGCUGCGCGUCGCCAUGGUGACCGGCGACGCGCGCGCGGUCGCGGACCGCGUCGGCGCCAUCGUCGGCAUCCCGCCCGCGGACGUACACGCCGAGCUGUUGCCAGCAGGCAAGGUCACGACUGUAGCGCGCCUGCGCAAGGGCACCAAGGGGCAGCUCGCGCACGUCGGGGACGGCGUGAACGACGCGCCGGCGCUCGCGGCCGCGGACCUGGGCAUCGCGCUUGGCGCGAUGGCCUCCGCGGUGGCGAUGGAGACGGCCGACGUGGCGGUGCUGUCCAACGACCUGACGAUGGUGCCGCGGGCCAUCGAGAUCGGCAGCGGCGCCGUGUGGCGCAUCCGCGCGAACCUGACCUUCUCGAUCGCCGUCAAGGCCGUCACGCUCGUCCUGGCGCUCCUCGGCAUGCUGCAGCUGUGGGCGGCGGUGCUCGCGGACGUCGGCGCGAGCCUGCUCGUCGUCCUGAACGGCAUGUCGAUCCUGCGCGUCUCGAAGCGGAAGGGCGCCGCGCCCGAGGACGGCGCUGCGUGCAGGAAGUUGUGCUGCGGCGAGGGUGCCGCGAUCGCUGACCUUGAGGAGGGGCGGCCCUGCUGCGCGCCAGCGGCCGGCGGCUGCUCGAGCGCGGCGCCCUCUGGCGGGUGCUGCGCGCCGCGGAGCUGCGGGACCGGUCAGGACGCGUGCGGCGCACCGGCGAAGAAGCCGUGCUGUGCGAGCAAGCAGUGCGGGAGCAGCUCUGCGCCUGUGGCGGAGCAGAAGAAGCCGUGCUGUGCGAGCAAGCAGUGCGGGAGCGGCUCUGCGCCUGUGGCGGAGCAGAAGAAGCCGUGCUGUGCGAGCAAGCAGUGCGGCUCGGCGCCAGUGCAGAAGCCAACGUGCUGUGGCAGCGGGGGCAAGUGCGGCGACGCAGCCGCGCGGCCCGAGGACGUGCGGCCGACUGUCGACUGCUGCGCGGACGAGGGCACCUGCGGUGCCGCGAAGCCUCCGUGCGGCGCCGGUGCGAGCGCAUGCGGUGGCAAGCAGGCCGCGAAGCCGGCGGGCGGCUGCUGCGGCAGCAAGCAGAGCGGCGGCUCGGCCCCCACGACCGAGUCAAAGCCGGCGUGCUGCAGUAAGGGGCAGUGCGGCAGCGAGAAGACUCCGGAGCCCAAGCCCUCGUGCUCCUCCGGGAAGCCCGCAUGCAGCGGUGCGGCAACGCAGAAGCCCGAGGGCGGGUGCUGCGGGAGCAAGAAGAGCGCCGCUGCGGAGACGUCGAGCUCGACGCCGACGGGCACGUGCGACGAGGCCACGCCGCAGCACGACGCUGCGCAGGGCGGAUGCUGCAGCAAGGGCGCGUGCGGUGAGAAGAAGGCGUGA